CGCGUUUGGCCUUCACGCGUCGGGUGUUGGCCAAGGUCAAACGUCAAACGUUCGCGUACAUGCUAUUUCCAUCUUGUACAAGUCUGUGGACACCCACACUCCCUUAUGCGCCUGCAUAAAUUCGCAAUCUUGGUCCGUUGUUCGAACUUUCUCUCCCCUCUUUCGCCACGCUAACCUUUGCCCCUCAGACGGUUGUCAACUAACACCACAAUAUACCUCUCCUAGUCAUUUCAUUCCCACUCUACAUAGACAGAAUGCGUGUAAUCACGUAUCGCAGCGCGUUGGAUACGCGUUUCAGAGGGUCUUCUGGGUCUUCACUGCCGUCUGAGCGACCUUCGUCUCCGCGUCCUUCGUCUCCACGACCUACUCUGGUUCGUCAAAGUCAGCUCAAUGGGGUCCGCGGAUGGAACCCGGGUACGCAGGAUGUACAGACCGCAUCAAUGACGAUGGAUGACGAGACUUGGGUGGAUGCACUAGAACGUACUAUCGUCAACGACUUUUCGUCGGGCGACAGUGGCGACUCUGGUUCGCGUACGGACCGUAGCACUGACAUGCUACAAGACGAGAAGCCUCCUCUGACAACUAAGACGAUAGCUAUCAAAGUUCCUAGCUAUGUGCGUGCAGCCUCUCCGGAGCCACCCGACCGUAGCGAGCGCAUCCAAGACACUAAAGAAGAGCCUAUGGAAGAAUGUACUUCGUCCGCCACCUCUCUUGCGAACCUGUUCCACCGGGGACCUUCUGAGCGACAUCUGAGGUUUCUCCAAGGGCUAUGGAUGAGCCGCCAGGUGGAGUGGCAGAACUAUGAACGGCAGAACAACGUCAUUCAGAACACAUCUCAGGCCUACGAUGGGAUCAUACGCUCACCUCCACCUGAAUCUUUCCAUCCUUGGCGUCCUCUUCAAACUACGGAACCUGUCACGUUAGAUGUGCCAGAUGUGCCAGAUUCGCCAGAUACACCUGAUGUUCCUUCUCUAAUUUCCUCGGCGCCGAUCUAUCCACGCAUCGGUAACCUUCGCUACCUUCACAACUUGCGCUCCGUGCUACUGGAUCGUGCCUUGGGCGACAUCCCCCUUUAUACUAUCUCCAAAAUGCUCCUCCUUCAUGACUUGGCGCUUUGCGACAACGAGAACGAAGAUCCCUUUAGUGAUGGGAAGGCUAUUAGCUCGGAAAGCUCUGCUCAGGAACACGAGUAUGGCAACGAAGACACGUUGGUAGCAGACUCGUCAUCCACAUCCACUAUUGCUCUGGAAGAUACGUGCCACAAGCGAAAAGGAAAACAGGUAAUGAAGCAUGUCUUUGAGGACCUUGAUGUGAGCUGGCCCGCGCGUUGGAAAAUGCUUCUCGACCUUCUGGAAAGGGCUGAUGAUAUUCAAAUGGAAGACUUCCUUACUGAAGUUGGUCUCACCGAUAUGGACUGGGAAUCCGAUUCUAUCCAGGUAAAGGAAGAGCGAUCAGUUUCAAGAUCCAGGUCACCCAAGUUCUUCCUCCCGGACGAAGAUGAUGAUGAUAUCUUCCCCGCUGCCGAUGAACACCCGCACUCAAAACGCAUCUCCUCGCGUGUUGAAUCUUCACCGUAUGGCGACUCUGGAAAUUUUGUUCCGUUCGAGCGAUCCUAUGAUUAUAUGGACCUCUAAUUCUUCCCUUCCUUGGAUUCCGAAUAAAGAGAAUGGACAUAUUUGGACUCGGUUACUGACUUAUCUAUGCACAUUGCUACUCUCUUUUAUUCUAUCACUGUCACAUAGGUUAUGUCAUGUUCGGAUGUUUUGACCUUUGGGUUAUUGAACAUGUAGCUUAUAGAAUACCUUCACGCAACGCAGUCGUAAGGUAUAUGCUGGACGUAUCUUACAUUGAGGCUACUAGAAUAAUUUCAAGGCUGUGAACGAGAAAGCGAAUGCACC